GACGGUGAUUGGCUGCUGGCUGGCCGUCACUGGGAUAACUACGGUGCGGAGAAAUCUCUUCCUGAGCUGUGGCGGAUACUGCGGAAAAGAUGGCUGGUCACAGAUUGGUACUGGUGCUAGGAGACCUCCACAUCCCCCAUCGUUGCAACACUCUGCCAGCCAAGUUCAAGAAGCUGCUGGUUCCUGGAAAGAUCCAGCACAUCCUCUGUACUGGCAACUUGUGCACCAAGGAGAGCUACGACUAUCUGAAGACACUGGCUGGGGAUGUGCACAUUGUCAGGGGAGACUUUGACGAGAACCUAAACUAUCCCGAGCAGAAAGUGGUGACAGUCGGACAGUUCAAAAUCGGCCUGAUUCAUGGACACCAAGUCAUCCCCUGGGGUGAUAUGGCCAGUCUGGCCUUGCUGCAGAGACAGCUGGAUGUGGACAUUCUCAUCUCGGGACACACACACAAGUUUGAGGCAUUUGAAAAUGAGAACAAAUUCUACAUCAAUCCUGGAUCAGCCACUGGGGCUUACAAUGCUCUGGAAAGCAACAUCAUCCCUUCCUUUGUGUUAAUGGACAUCCAAGCCUCAACGGUAGUAACCUACGUCUACCAGCUCAUCGGGGAUGAUGUGAAGGUGGAAAGGAUUGAAUACAAGAAGUCCUAAAACAACUGCUGUGGGGAUUUCAGCUGAUUCAUCUCGUUUCAUUCCUUAAUUCCCGCAAAACACAUAAGUAGAAUUCUGUAGCUGUAUCUUAAAUGUUUGGCUAACUUCAAAAAAUGUAUACGGUAUAUUCUGACAAUAUACCCUUACUCACCUGAGGUUAUGAAGAGUAUGCAAUUAAACAACAUCUUGCAGCUCAGAACAUUGCUACAUCACUGCUGUACUAUAACUUUUUACAAAAAUAACCAUGGUAUACAGUACUGUCUUUAAUUUACAUGUCUUUCAAUUUACCGUGAAUAAAUGGAGUAUGUAUAUAAAUAAGCAACAAGGAUUAACACCAUUUCAUUAAUAAAGACAUGGUGCCCCAUUUUUGUUUAACAAAUUUGCCAUGUAAAUAUAUUUUAAAAGCCAUUAUUAGUUUUGUUUUCAGACUAUCAUUGUCUCACCUCAGUGGUGUGAUCUGUAAGGAAAAUACAGUUUGUUUUCAUUCAUUUCCUAACGUUGUAUCUGCUAUGACCUCUUGGAGAAAAUCACAAAUUUAAAAUCUAGGCUCUCAGGAGCAUUACCCCAGAAUGGAAAUUGAUUUGAUGAAUAGAUUAACUCUGGUAUAAUGACAAAAAAGCAUCUUAGAAUCACUCAGAAAGAACAGAUUUGCCAUUUGGGAUUCAUUUGCUUUUAAUUAUGGUUUCAACGUGAAGAUUCAAUUAAAGCAUUCAAUAAUAAAACCGGCCUACCACCACCUAAUACUUCAGAUGUUCUUCAUUUCACUUUAUAUGUAGACAAAUGUACUAAGGUUUUUUUUCUGUUAAACUAUUUGAAUUGUGAGGAUUCAAUUAAAGCAUUCAAUAAUAAAACUGGCCUACCAACACCUAA